GUAUCAUCUCCAGGCUCUUCGCCACCUCUAUGUGCUGGCUGCAGAACCAAGGCUCCUGGUACCUGUGGAUGUGGACACAAACACACCCUGCUAUGCCCUUUUAGAAGUCACCUACAAGGGCACUCAGUGGUAUGAACAAACCAAAGAAGAAUUGAUGGCUCCUACCCUUCUUCCAGAACUACACCUUUUAAAGCAGAUUAAAGUUAAAGGCCCAAGAUACUGGGAACUGCUCAUAGAUUUAAGCAAAGGAACACAACACCUAAAGUCCAUCCUUUCCAAGGAUGGAGUUUUAUAUGUUAAACUCAGGGCCGGUCAACUCUCCUACAAAGAAGAUCCAAUGGGGUGGCAGAGUUUGUUGGCACAGACUGUUGCUAACAGGAACUCUGAAGCACGGGCUUUCAAGGUAGUAUUGACGGCUAAAAAUUGAGAGAUGAGAGGAAAUAAUUCCAAAUCCCACUUGCUAGCUUCCCCUCUCAUUGCUGCAGAUUGUAAAGGUGGAUCUGCUUCCUUUCACAUUGUUGCAUAUUGUAAAGACUGACUCAUCUUGUGGUUCAUUUGUUUUUUUAUGUGACAGC